UGAGCCCAUUUGACAUUUCAUUUAACCUCUGCAUUCCAGGCCGCGCUUUACCUCUGGAGGUGUAUGUUCGCUGGCGUCCGCACUUGUUUUCGUUUUUAGAGGAGCUCAAACAUCGUUCCGAUGUGAUCGAUGUUGUUCUCUUCACGGCAAGCCAAAAAAUAUACGCCCGUCGCGUCCUCUCCUUAAUGGAUCCAGAUGGCUCCAUCUUUUCGCACUCCCUAUUUAGGGAGUCGUGUCGAUUUUUGGAGGGAUCUUUUGUGAAAGAUCUUAGCAUUCUGGGGCGCCCGCUAUCCCAUACCAUUCUUGUGGACAACUCCAUUCAGGCAUAUGCACUCCAUCCAGAAAAUGGAUAUGCCAUCCCCUCUUGGUUCGACGAUCCAAAAGACAAUGAGCUUCCAAGGCUAUUGUCGUUUUUGGAUAAUCUGCUGUCCAGGACCGCAGCCUUCCCCGAACAAGUAGACUUUCGCCACAUCAUUCGAAAACGAUUUCCUAUUUAUAAUUCCACCAUUGCCCUGAAAGAAACAAAACGCUCCGAUGUCUCGUCCGUUAAACUUGAAAAUGCCGUGCAGAUUAUGGUUUAG